AGAAGAAUCACAGUUUGCUAUAAUCAUUCUCUCAAAAAACUAUGCAUCUUCUACGUGGUGCUUGAAUGAGCUUGCCAAGAUUGUCAAAUGCAGGGAAGAAAUGGGACUGAUAGUUUUGCCAAUUUUUUAUGAUGUUGACCCGACUGAUGUACGAAAACAAACAGGAACUUUUAAACAAGCCUUUACUAAUCACCAAGAAUGCUUUAAAGAUAACAUAGAGAAGGUGGAAAUAUGGAGAGCUACUUUAAGAAAAGUGGCUGAUAUCUCUGGUUGGCAUUUACAAAAUAGGCAUGAGGCAGAAUUUAUCCAAGACAUUGUGAAUGAGAUAAUGGAGAAAUUGAGUUCAAAAUCCUCAAGCUCAUUUGCCAGUGUGCAGAAACGUGGGUUCAGUUUGGUAUAUGAGCAAGACAAGGAAGAGUUAAACCAAGCAAUUGCACAAAGCAGUAGCCGUGUCAUUACUUAUGAAGGUUGGGAUGGUGUCCAUCAUGGAUUUGACAAUUCAACAAGUAGCUGUGAUGACUAUAGCGAUAUUGAACCUGAGGAAAGUGAUCUCUUUUCAUACAAUGAUGUUGACAAAUAUGGAAUUGGUGGUGAUGAUGUAUAUGCAGCUGGUGAUGGUGAUGAUGAUGAUGAUGAUGAUGAUGAUGAUGAUGAUGAUGAUGCAUAUGCAGAUGAUGAUGUAUAUGUAGAUGAUGAUGCAUAUGCAGAAGAUGAUGAUGAUGAUGAUUAUUGA